UAACGCCUGUGCGCAGGCGCAGUGGCACUUCACACAACCGCAAUAAGCAAAUAUGGCGGCGGCCGUCGACAGUGUUGUGAAAGUGCUGGGGGAGCAGUAUUACAGAGAUGCCAUGGAGCAGUGUCAUAGUUACAACGCUCGCCUGUGUGCUGAGCGCAGCAUCCUCAUGCCUUUCCUGGACUCUCAAACUGGUGUAGCCCAGUCCAACUGUUACAUCUGGAUGGAGAAGAGACACCGGAGUGCAGGUGUAGCUCCGGGGCAGCUGUACACCUACCCAGCCCGUCGCUGGAGGAAGAAGCGGCGUUCUCAUCCCCCUGAGGACCCCCGCUUGGCCUUCCCUCCUCUCAAAGCAGGUAUCAGCUCUGGUGGAACAACUUGUCUCCCACCGCAAAAACAGUCAAGGGCAGAUUUGGAGCUGGGUCUGAAGCGUGACGCGUUGGGGGCGGUGGAUGGCAGCAGUCUGGAGGCCCUGCUGAAGGGGGAGCCCCUCGACAGGAGAAGUGGAGUGUCGGACAUCCGUGGCCCUGAGGAUGAUUCGGCAACCGUGGAGCCUCCUGCCACCUCGGCGACCACUCACACAUCCUCUGGGCGUGUCCGUAAGAGAGUCCUGGACCACGACGACUACUUGGACGACCUGGAUGACGAGGACUUUGAGGACGAGACCCCCAAGAGACGAGGCAAGAGCAAGUCCAAGGGUCGCAGUGACAAGAAUGGCAAGAAAAAACAGGAGGCUGCAGCUGCAGCGCUGGAGGAGAGGGACAAGCCAUAUGCUUGCGACAUCUGUGGGAAGCGCUACAAGAACCGCCCUGGCCUGAGCUACCACUAUACACACUCUCACCUGGCCGAGGAGGAGGGCGAGGACCGCGAGGAGAUCGAGGCACCACCCACUCCUCGCCAGCCUGAAGAGCAGAAGACAACUAAGAAGGGUCCCAAUGGGCUGGCACUGCCUAACGAUUACUGUGACUUCUGUCUGGGAGACUCCACCUUAAACCAGAAGACCGGCCAAUCAGAAGAGCUGGUGUCCUGCUCAGACUGUGGACGCUCAGGCCACCCAACAUGCCUGCAGUUCACACCAGUCAUGAUGGCUGCAGUGAAGACCUAUCGCUGGCAGUGCAUUGAGUGCAAAUGCUGCAACGUUUGCGGCACCUCAGAGAAUGAUGACCAGCUGCUGUUCUGUGAUGACUGCGACCGAGGCUACCACAUGUACUGUCUAAGUCCCCCCAUGACCGAACCACCAGAGGGGAGCUGGAGCUGUCACCUGUGCCUGGCUCUGCUGAAGGAUAAAGCCUCCAUAUACCAGCAGAACCAGAGCUCCACCCCUGAGUGACACCAUAGCAGCAAGUCCCGCCCCAGCAGUCACAGGACCCCACCCCUGAUGGAAAACGUCAGACCUCCUCCCAGUCCAGAGCUCCGGGCUCUGUCCAGAUGUAGCUGAGCCAGAUCGCAGAUCAGCUUUUGAAGUCUUAAUAUCUACAGCGUCAGUGGGGGGAUCAGUCAACAUGGGGAUCAAACUAUCACUACCAACCUGCCUGCAAAGCCCCCGAGGCUCGCCGUCAAACACAUACAUAUACAGUAUAGACACACACACACACACACACACACACACACACACUCUCUCCUGGACUGUUACACACACUAGAUACAGAGACAGAGAGCAUGCAGUAACCAUUGUAACUGCUGUCUCCAUGGGAGCUCCCAGGAGCAAACGGAUUAGGAUCAAAGCUAAUUUUCUCCACCCUUUCACACUCAGACACAGUGCGGACUGUCGAGACAACACAGUUUCUUUUCUGCCAAAUUAUCUAUUUUUUCUCCCUGAAUGUGGGAGAAAGAAAAAAUCCCAACGUAUAUGGCUGAGGAUUAUUAUUAUUAUUACUAUUGUUAUUGUUCUGGUUACUAGUGGACUUUUGUAGUGGCAUUUGUCUGUGUACUUUGUCUGAUCCAUCUUAAUCUUUUGAAGAGGUUUCCCUUGAGGGGGAGCCGGUCUGUGCCAAGGUCCACCAUCAUAUGAAAUACACACAACAAUCACCCAUGGAGCUUAUCAAAAUCAUGUAAACCAUUUUAAAUUAGUAGUACAGAGAUUAUAAAACAAAGUUGUAAUUUUUUUUGCCAAUAACAAGAAUUUGACUCAUUAAGCUGUUAGCACAAAAUCUUUUGGCUUUUCUACUUUGAGGUUGCACCAAAACCAACUUUUCAUUGCUGAUUCUAGGAUUCUAGGUUACUAGGCAGAUAGGUUACUUUAACCAAACACUAUAGUUGGCUCAUGAUACAAAAACAUAUAGUAAAAUAUCAGUCUUCAGCAUUAUUUCUCAAUCAAACAGGUCUAAAUUUAUCUUUAUUUUGAAAAACCUGACUCAGAUAAUGCUGUUUUAUCAGAGAAGCUGACACGCGAACACGGAAAACUAGUAAUCGUAAAGGUGCAUCGUUUUCUCAAAGAUGUUUUGUGCUACCUUUUUAGAAACCGUUUGGCAGCGACAUCAUCCUUCACAAGUUGUUUUCAAACGGCUGCUGUCAGACCGGCGACUUAUUCACAACCUGUAGCUGCUUUUAUCAUUUGUCCCACUGAGGCAGAUUUGCAUGCAGAUUGCACCUGUAUGAAUGCGCACACACUCUCUUCACAAGUGUUUUUAUUUUGUUAUAUUUUUUUUUACAUUUUAUAUUACCUGAUAUUCCAUUGGUACUGGGAGUUUUUUCUAGUAGAAUUUUGUAAAGUCUAUGGUAUAGCAAACACUUCAAGUAUAUAGCUCCUAAUGCAUUCUAUGUACUGUAUUGACUUUUUCUAUUUUUGUUAUGACUGUGACAUGUUUGAAUUUAUUUGAUUAUUCUGAUAUGUCAGACCUCCAUUAUGAGUAUUUGUAAAAUGAUGUACUUUGUUGUACUAUUUUUAUUUUUACAUUUCUUUGGUAUCAAAGCCGAUUUAGCCCGACUGAAAUAAAAAUCACUUUGAAUUA